AUGAGAGCAUCAUCGGUAAACCUUCUUCUAUGCGCGUUAACAUUCGUCGACUUUACGCUCCUCUUCAUUACCGUACCCACAUUUGUGGUGCCGAAUUUGUGGUCCUGGAUCUUCGAAGACCCCAACAAAUUCACAACAUAUAUGGCGCUGGUAUUAAAAUUUGUAUAUCCGAUGAGUCUGAUCAUGCAGACGUGUUCGGUAUAUAUCAUGGUAAUGAUAACAAUGGAACGAUGGACGGCUGUAUGUCGGCCACUACAGGUGCGAAUCUGGUGCACACCCUCCAAGUCUCGGAUGGCAUUGCUUGUUAUCUUUUUGUGUUCAGUUGGGUACAACGUCAUCCGUUUCUUCGAGUAUUCGAUCGAGUCGACAGAAACUGGAAUUGAAUAUUCGAGGAAUUUACGAGAUUCAGCUGAACAUCCAUGGUAUAUGAUGGGAUAUUUCACCGGACUAUACCUUUGUACGCACUUCCUCGUCCCAUUCUCAAUAAUGGCCGUGAUGAAUGGCCAUGUCAUAGUAACAAUGUGGAGCCACAGAAGUCAACGCGAGAUGCUCACUCGACAGCAACGGCGCGAACAAUCGACAACAAUAAUGCUGUUGGUGGUGACUGGGAUGUUUGCCUUUUGCAAUACACUGCCAUUUCUGCUCAACCUGAUCGAAUGUGUAUAUCGCGAUUUGUUCAGUGAUCCGGCUACUAAGGAUAUUGCGUAUUUGCUCAACGACCUCUCGAACUUUUUGGUGGUGCUGAACUCAGCGACGACGUUCAUCAUCUACACGAUAUUUUCGGAAAAAUACCGGCAGACGAUGAGCUUUAUUGUCAAAAAUGGCUGCUGUGCGACAAUGUCCGAUUUUAAUACGUACACAAAUAUGUCGCGUACCGCUUCCAUGCGUGUCACUUCCGCUGCGCAAAAUGGGCAGCUUCAUCAUAAGCUAUCGACGUGCAGCCGCUCCUCGGAAAUGCUGCUGAAGCCGACGCAGCUAGCGGGAAAAGGUGUGGAGAGGAGCGUGUCGGAAUACAACUCGCGAGGAGCGAACGGAAAACUGAAGAAGCAGAAGUGUUCGUUAGACGAGACGGGCCGAAUACCGGAAUUGGUUCGAAAGAGGAUACAUAAAUUCAGCAUGCGUGAUACUCUCAUAAAGAAUCCAUCGCCAAACCCUGAGAUAACGAUUACGGUAACCGAGGAAGCACAGCAAGAAUCGAAUGAUACUAUGUCUAAUGAGUUAUUA